AUGGCGCUCUCCACCCCAAGAUUUUGUUGGUUGUGUCAUGGUAUCCUAGCUGGCACCGAUGCGACGUUGAUGGAACGUUUCUACAUCAAUUAUAAGAAUAGAGCCGUAUCCUUGGAGAACCCAGUUCACCCAUUUCGGCUUUGUAUGUAUAUUGUGAAAUACCUAGGUAUUAUCCUCCUCUACGCCAAUAUGCUCCUCAAUCCACUUAGCAUUCUAUCUAUCUAUGUUGUUGCUACUGCUGUUGCUGCAGCAAGUAGCACUGCAUCUCUACCUUCUUUGAUAGUACCAGAAUGUCCUCACUACGGCGUUGCUACUAUCAAUCAAUCCGAUCCGGAGCGUACGCUAUUCCCUCUUACAACGGCGUCACUAUGCUACAAUGAAACAUCCCUUCAAAUCAAAUUUGAGGCAUACGACGAAACAAAUUACUACUACAACGCCAGCCAGACAACAAACGACGAUAUCUGGGAAUACGAAGUAAUGGAAGCAUUCAUUUACCACGGCACAAAUAAUCCAACGACCUACCUCGAGUUCGAAAUCAAUCCCAACAACGUCACUUAUCAAGCUAUAGUUUUCAAUCCAUCUGAAGUCCGCGCCACAGGUGCUCCGUUUGAUCAUUUCUUUGUCACUGAUCCGGCUGGUGAUGGAUUCUCUGCAUCGACUACUUUGGACAGGAAGGCGAGGACUUGGACAUCGACGGUGCAGAUUCCAUUGGCGCUAUUUGAUGUUGGUGUGCUCAAGGGUUCGUUGUGGCGUAUGAAUUUUUUUCGUACGAUCACGUCGCCGAGUACAUAUCCUGAUCAGACGCUCGGGGCAUGGAGUCCAACCAACCAGGCUAGCUUUCAUAUGACUCCGUUCUUUGGUAAUGUGAUUUUCGUCUAG